CUCCUUUCUGCGCAAACACCAUGGCGGCCCGCUUGGAGUACAGUUGGUCCACCGAGUACAAGAACGACAAGCGGGUCCUGGGGAUGCGCGACGCAUGCAAGGCGAUCCUGCUUAUGCUCAACAAGGACGACGCCGAGCUGCCCGAUCCAUCGAUCCGCGGCUACGCCACAUCCACCAAGAAGGCCCGCGUGGCGGCGCCGCCCGCCAAGCCAAAGCCAGCAGUAGCAGCGCCCAAGGUCGCCGUCAAGGUCGAUCGCCGCCCGCGAAAGGCCCCGAGCGUGCCCGACGACGGGUCGUCGACCGCCGACAGCGACUACAUUGCCCGGGGCACGUUUACCAAUCCGAUGGACGACAUGAGCGAGUACGAGAGCGACGACUCAUUGCCACCGCCCCGGUUGGCGCCAAAGAUCUACGAGAAGGUCGAGGUCGACGAGGACGACAACGGCGACGACGACAGCGACGACGAGAACGCAGACAAGGCGUGCCAGAUCUGCAACCUCAAUGAAAACGACUCGCAAAGUCUCAUUUGCGACACGUGCGAAGAUGUGUUUCACACGUACUGCGUCGGGCUGGCCGACGUGCCCGAGAACGACUGGUUCUGCCCGACCUGUCUCGGCGCCGAGUACCACCGGCUCACGCAGCAAUUCGCGACCGAGCCGCUCUCAGUUCUCAACAGUUGGCUGGUCCACGCGUGCGGCUGCGACGCGCGCAACGACGUGUGCAAGUCGCCGUCGCUGGCGCGCAUCUGCGUCUUCUUCAAGCGGCUCGUGCGCUCGCUCGCGCGCACCGACGGCGUCUUGCGGACCAAGUUUGGCAUGCUCCUCACACACCACAUUGCCAGCUGCCCCGAGAAGCUCUACUGUCCCGUCCCGCUCUGCAACCAAAUGCGCCGGCGCAAGGCCAAAGUCCAGAUCCGCGCCGUCGAACUACAUUGAUAGGACGUUGAUACAUGCUUAAUAUAGGGUUUUUAUUCGGUUUGGCGAGGGCGACGGCGUCAGGCG